AUGUCUGAUAAUGGUUUGAAUUACGAGAGUUUGACGGAUGAAGAAUAUGAGGAUAUUGUUGCGCAUUUUUUGACACCAAAUAAAUUCGAAGUAUUUACGGUAUUUGUAUUUCUAUCAUUUAUGGCUAUUGGUGUUUCUGGGAAUUUAUUGGUCGUUUAUAUUGUUAUUCGUCAGAAAAAGUUGUGGACAUCAAUGAAUUUCUUUUUGGCAAAUUUGGCUGUUUCCGAUCUUCUUGUACUUUUAAUUUGUCUACCACCAACAGUUGUCAAUGAUAUCACAAAAACUUUUUGGUUCAGUUCAAUUGUUUGCAAAGCUAUCGUAUUUCUUCAGAAUACCAGUGUGUAUGUAAAUAUUUUUACGCUUGUAUGUGUUUCACUGGAACGAUGGCAUGCAAUAGCAUCACCGUUUAAACAAAGAAUAUGGCAAACAAAACAAAUGAUAAUACUAAUAUGGAUUACUGCAACAGCAUUAUCAAUUCCGGAAUCACUAGCGGUUGAAACUUAUCCGGCUGUCUUUAAUCGACCAAAUUUUACUACCAAAUGGGGCACAACAUGUAAGGAAAGUUGGUCAGUUGGAAUGCAGCGCUGUUAUCAAUUAAUGCAAACGAUCGGUUUAUUUUUCUUGCCCUUAUUGUUAAUCACUACCUUAUGCAUACAUAUGGCAAUUGUUUUAUCCAAGAAUGUAUUGUCAUUAGGAAAGCGCCAAAUAACCAGCAGAAGGAAGGCAACUAAAAUGCUUUGGAUGGUUGUAAUCUUAUUCGCUCUCUGUUAUUCCCCUAUACAUUUCUAUAAUCUCGUCUCGUUCAUGAGUUAUUCGUCAUGUUGCAUCAAUCCAAUACUCUAUCAUUUCAUGAGCGGUAAGUUCUUCCCUUAG